AUUUUAUAUAUACGUAUAUUCUAUACAGACACAUUGCCGACGUGCUGCUUUUUCGCAGCUCUCUCGUUCUCAGAGUGUCUGCUUGCUUUUGAUCUGCGCUUGUCCUCCUUGAAUCUCCGGUGAAGGGAUUUGACUAUUUAGGUGAGGAAAUUGAGGGAGUAAUGUUAAGCACUGGGAAUAAUGGGAGCCGUGGUGGUGGAACAUUGUCAUCUGAUAUGCCACCGUUGCCCCAGUGUUUGCCUUUGGAGUCAAUUACUUUAAGCAAUCAGAAAUAUACACGCUCAGGAGAGCUAAGGAGAGUUCUGGGUGUUCCUCUUGGAAGUUCAUCAGAGGACCAUUCUUUUGGAGUUACCCAUCCCAAGCCUCUGCCUCCAGUUGCUACUGAGGAGCUGAAGCACUUCAAAGAAAGUGUACAAGAUGCCUCUAAAAAAGCCAGGGAUCGAGUAAAAAAGCUGCGUGAAUCAAUAUUCAAAUUGGAUAAGUAUAAGGAAGCCUUAAGCUCAAAGAAACGGCAAAGAAGUGACAUGUCAUCUGCUGAGAGAUCGUGUGGAGUGAACUUGGUGAAGAUGGGAAGCCAGCUUCGCAGAAAUCCACACGAUGUUAUCACUCAAAGAUUGGAGGAAAGAACAAAAGGUGUUGGGCUGAGUAAGCGUAUUCGCACUUCACUAGCUGAUAUUCGGGCAGACAGUAGGGUGGCUGCUGCUGUUUCCAGGCAGCAGAUGGUAAUGGAGAAGGAUGUUGACAUGCUUCCGGCGAAUAGUGGGGGUCCUGUUCGAAUUGAAGAGAAGGUCCGUAGAUUGCCUGCUGGAGGUGAAGGAUGGGAGACAAAGAUGAAAAGGAAGCGUUCUGUGGCAGCAGUAAGCAAUAGGGUUAUAAAUGGUGAUCGUGAUAUAAAACGUGUGAUGCAACCAAAGCUGAGUACAGAUUCAAAGUUGCGAUCUUGUGAUACACAGAGUUUGAGAUCAAAAUCUUCCCCUGGAGUCAUUGGCAUUAAUAAGUUAGAUGGUUCUUUUGAGUCUUCUAAUUCUGAUGCCAGUGUGGUACUCAGGAAUGAGUCAGAGGGUAUCCCUCUUCCAAAGGAUCGUACGGUUCUUGUUGAGCAGAGAGUUUUGGCAAAAGGAAACAAUAAGUCAAAUUUUCAGGACGAUAAUCCAGCCAACUGUUCUAGUACAAUACUAAAAGGAAAAGUUUCUCGGGCACUGCGAACUGGCUCCAUCAUGGUGUUAGAUACCUCUUCCAAAGGUCAGCCCUCAUCUGGAGCUUUUCAGUGUUGGGAACAGCCAACAAAUAUAAAUAAAGUAUCAGCAUUGGGUGUAGCAAAUCAUCAAAAGCAUCAAAUAGCAAGUUCCUCUUCACAUGCCAUGGCUCAGUGGGUUGGUCAGAGACCGCACAAAAACUCACGAACAAGGAGGGCUAAUUUAGUUUCGCCAGUCUCAAACAAUGUCGACACUCAUAGUUCACCUCAGGGCUUUGCAACAUCUGAUUUCAGUGGUAGAGCUUCUUAUGGAAACAAUGGAUCUCAGCUUGCCAGUGCAGAUAAUAAUGCUCCAAAAAUCAGAAGGGAAGUGGAGAAUGUUUCAUCUCCAUUUGGGUUAUCUGAAAGUGAGGAGUCAGGAGCUGGUGACAAUAAAUCAAAAGAGAUUGGUACGGAUGGUGGUGAGGUAUCUGCAAGCCAUAAAAUGGGUCCUGUAAUAUUGCCAAUAAGGAAGAAUAAAAUACUCAUAAAUGAAAAUGGAGAUACUGUGCGGAGACAAGGAAGGAGUGGGAAUGGUUCAUCCUCAACAAGGCCUUCCGUUAAUCCAAUCAGAGACAAAUUAGAGAAUCUUCAAUUGCUCAAGCCAUUGCAAGGCACGAGACCUCUUUCUGAUAAAAAUAAAAGUAAACCAGGUCGUCCACCUUCCAAAAAGCUGAAAGUUUGCAAGGCCACAACCCGUGUUGGGCCAGUGGUUAAUUCUGUUUCUUCAGAUUUUACUGGCGAAUCUGAUGAUGAUCACGAAGAACUAUUUGCUGCUGCAAACUAUGCUUGUAAAGCUAGAAAUCUUGCAUGUUCUGGUCUAUUUUGGAAGAAAAUGGAAUCUAUAUUUGUAUCUGUCAGCUCGGAGGACAUGUCUUACUUGAAACAACAGUUAAGUUUUACACAAGAGCUUGGUGAGGGUUUGUCCCAAAUGUUUGGUAUUGGAUGUAACAUAAUGGGAGUUGUUGUGAAGAAAGAGUCUGCUGAUUGUUCUGUUGAAGAGCAAAUAAGCCAUUCUAAUCAAGAUUCAGCCAAAACCAGUGCUUCAUCCGAAAGAUUUGACACAAGGAGGUCUGAAAGAGCCACUCCACUGUAUCAAAGGAUUCUGUCUGCUUUAAUUGAAGAAGAUGAAACUGAAGAAUUAUUCCACCCCAGUGAAGGAAAAAAUAUGUCUCUUCACUAUGCAAGUGAUGAUUCUCAUUGUGGGUCAUGUAACCAAAUUGAUGUUGAGCCCAAAGAUAAGGACAGAAUGGAAUCUGAAGUUGAGUCAAAUGCAGAUUUUCUGAGUCAGAAGAAUUGUUUGCUGGACGGGUUCUCUUGUGAUAAGAGUAUUGGAUCUAACUCAUUUAGAAACGCAAUCUUGUCGAACUCUGUACAUAGCAGUGAACUUUGGCUGGGAGACGAUGAUAUGUCACAUUUGGAUGUGGGGCUUGGUAGUGAAAUAUGUUCUAACAACCUGGGUCACCUACAAUCUAAGGAAACCGAUAUUAAUGGUCUUUCUUCAUCUGACUCCCAGUAUCAAUUGAUGUGUCUGGAUGAUAGACUUCUGCUGGAGCUAGCGAGUAUUGGUCUAUAUCCGGAGGCGUUACCUGAUUUGGCAGAAGGAGAAAUUAUUAAUCAUGAUGUUGUGGAACUGAAGGAAGGGUUGUACAAACAGGUUCAGAGAAAGAAGACAAAUUUGGAGAGAAUUGAUACGGCUAUUCGGAAAUCGAGUGAUAUGGAGAAAAGGAAUCUGGAGCAUCUUGCCAUGGAUCAACUUGUUGAGAUGGCUUAUAGGAAAAGGAUGGCAUGCCGUGGGAGUAAUGCCUCAAAAGCCCAGAAAGUUUCAAGACAAGUUGCACUGGCUUUUGUCAAGCGGACUCUUGCUAGAUGUAGAAAAUUUGAAGAGACAGGCAGCAGUUGCUUCAGUGAGCCUGCUCUACAGGGUGUCAUGUAUUCUGCCCCUCCAUGCAGCAAUGAUACAAAAUCUGUGGAAUGUGUUGGCUCAGGAACUGCUAGUAAUACAUGCAAUGAAACUUCUAACAAUCAGGCAGAGGCCAGGGGAUCAGGUGCUGUUUCCAGCGCUAAGAGGAGGGAAGUAUUGCUCGAUGAUGUUGUGGGCAGUGCUUCUUCUAGGGUCACAUCCAGUUUGGAAAGCCCUAUUCACGGAGUAAGGGGAAAGAGAAGUGAGAGAGAAAGGGAACAAAACAAAGAUGGUUUAAGAUGCAACUGGAUUUCUGGGUCUGGUCGCACAUCAUUGGACAGCAGCUUCAAGAGUGAACGCAAAACAAAAGCAAAGCCCAAGCAAAAGAACAAUAAUUUGUUCACUCAGGCUUCAGGUCUAUCCACUUCUGGGUCUGACCAAUCAACAGUUGUGAGUGCCGGCAAUUUAACAGGGAAAGCUAGUUCAUCUCCUGCUAAAGAAGCCAAUGACCCUGUUGACCUAGCAAACUUACAACUGCCUGAAUUUGGAUCAAUGGAUGAACUAGCUGUAACUAAUGAGCUUGGUGGACAUCAAGAUCUCAGCAAAUGGUUGAACUUUGAAGAGGAUGGUUUGCAAGACCAUGAUUCCAUAGGCGAAAUACCAAUGGAUGAUCUCUCUGAGUUGAACAUGCUUAUGUAAUUGCAUUAUUCAAUGUCUUUAGGCAAUCAUAUGUCCAUUGCAGCUACCUAAUCUUUAGUCAAGCUGACGAAAACAAGUUGUAACUAUGGUUGGUUUUUGUCCAUAAACUUAUAAUUGUCGAAUUGACAGGUCGCUGAAUGUUGAGAAAGGAGAUUAUGAGGGGGAAAAGAACCAUUCUCAUGGAAGAUGUACAUGUAGGAUUUCAAGUA